AACGUCAACAUCUCAACAUCUCAAUUAUGGUAUAUAUUUUACUAAUAUUCAGUGAAAUUAGUUACAAAAUAAGAACUGGAGAAUCAAAUCAUACCAUAUUGACAACUGGCUUUGUCUUUUCUCCCAUACAUUCCCUGAGUGUAUGUUUCAUCAUCCUUUCUAUGUAUAUAUAUACACAUCCACUCCAAUUCCCGAGAAGCAUCACCAUUCACCAUUCACCAAUCACCACUCACCAGUUAUCAUCUUUUUUUAAUUUUUCUUGAAAUGGGCAACUACAUUUCCUGCACCUCGUUAGGGCCAAUGGGCAGGCAAGCUAGAUGCGCCACGGUGAUUCUCCCGACGGGCGAGAUCCGACGCUUUCACGAGGCGGUCAACGCAGCAGAGGUGAUGCUGGAGCACUGCCCCGGCCAUUUUCUCGUCAACGCCAAGUCCCUGCGCGUCGGGGGGAGGUUUUGCGCGUUGGGCGCGGUGGAGGAGCUGGAGGUGGGGAACGCGUACGCUGCGUUCGCGAUGAAACGGGUGAGUUCCGUGGUGAGCGCGGCGGAUAUGGGCGCGUUGUUCGUGGCGGCUGCGGCCAAGAACAAAAGGGCGGGCCGGGCGAGCGCCAAGGUUUUGCCUGCUGAUUACACGGAAGGGUUGGAUGAGGUGGAGGGUGAGGUGGGUAGCUUACCGAAGCUGGAAUUGGAUGACAUUGAGGAUUUCUCGGCGCCGGAUUUUAAGCGCAGGCUGUCAAUGUGCAGAUCAAAGAAGCCUUUGUUAGAGACCAUUGCCGAGUAAUGAAUAUUAUGGCCUGGCAAAGUCGGUUUAUAUAUUCAUUCAAUUUUUUUCCCUCGAUUUGGGGGUUUGGUCUCGCAAAUCUUCUGUUGUUUGCUGCUGUUAAUAUUGACUGCUAGCUUGGAGGUCUGGUUUUAUUUUUCUGGAUCUUUUCUUUUUGGGCAUUGAUUGCUCUGUUGCCUACUUCUGGAAAGGAGUUUUUUGCUGCGUGCAGCGCACAGGUUACUGAGCUGGGUUUGGGUUAAGGUUAAGGUUUCGGUUUGCAGUCUUGCUAAUACCGGGAAGGAUUUUUGAGGGCAAAAUUAAAGCCCUCUAUUGUUUGCUGUUUUCUCCCUCUCCUUUUGAAGGGGAGGUUUUGGUGGUCUUGGUGGGCGGAAAGCGGAGUUAUGGUGGUGUGAGAGAUCCGGCGGUCUUGUCAACAUAAAAUUGGUGGCCGGAGGUUGGAUUAGAUGGCGGCAGGCGGUGGUGCUAGUGCGGGUCGGCAGGGGUGAUGAAGGCGGCGGGGGCGGAAGUGGGGAUGACGGCGAUGGCGAUGGCGAUGGCGAUGGUGGGGCGAAAGAGGUGAUGCGGCGAUUGAAUGAAGUGAAAAUGUGAUGAAAUGAGUUUGGGGUUGAUUUGUAUUGGACAUUAUUAUGUACUUGCUUGGGCUUGAUUUUAUUCUAAAUUGUGAGUUUAUUGUAUUCUUGUAAUUGGAAUAAUCGUAUUUUGAAUUUCUUGCUUGUUGUAUUUUCUUUAUUGAAAUAAUUGUAUCUUGCAACUAUUGUUUGAGUAAUAAAAUUUUAUUGUUUCAAUCAAAAAA